CUUCCCUCUCUAUACACCUCUCACUCCAGGCCCUCUGGGUAUCUGAUUCAUCUUCAACCUCUCCCGACCCCAUUUCUAGGACCUAUACUGUCCCACCCGAGAAUGAGCCGGAAGCUCGCCCCCGAAGCCAAUCGGAUUCUCUUUGUAAAGAACCUCAACUACAACGUCACAGCUGAGCAACUCUUUGACCUCUUCGGCAAAUUUGGUCCCAUCCGCCAAAUACGUCAGGGAAUCGCCAACAACUCGAAGGGCACAGCCUUUGUGGUUUACGAAGACGUUCAUGACGCCAAACAGGCAUGCGAUAAGCUCAAUGGGUUCAACUUCCAGAACAGAUACCUCGUCGUUCUAUAUCACCAGCCUGAGAAAAUGCUUAGGUCGAAAGAGGACUUGGCGGAAAGGCAAGAGAAUUUGGAGCGUCUCAAACAGCAACAUGGGAUAGAAUGACGUGAUGAUUGCUUUUGUUCGCUUUCUCUGCAUGCCCUUUGCCGGCAUCUGGCUGCGUAUUAUCCUGGGUUGGUCGUGGGGUUUCUGGCGUUU